GGCCCUCAGUUGCAAUGGUGGGCAUGAGUGUCCUUCGGUCUACUGCCGCUUUUGCGGCUAGGCUGAGACCCUUUAAACAAGUGCUUUCUAAAGGAAAUUUGCUCAACAGGACCGCAUCACAGGUGGAAAAAGUGGCGGUCCGUUACGGGAGCCAUGGGAAACGGAUGUUUGUAAUCACGCCUAGUGAUUUCUACGACAGGAGAUUCCUUCACUUACUGAAAUUCUACAUUUUGCUGACUGGAAUCCCAGUUGCAGCCAUUGUAACCUUCGUGAAUGUGUUCAUUGGUGAAGCUGAACUGGCUGAAAUCCCAGAAGAUUAUGUCCCACAGUACUGGGAAUAUUACAAGCACCCCAUCACCCGGUGGAUUGUGCGGACCUUCUAUGAUCCUCCACAGAAGGACUAUGAGAAGAUGAUGGCGCUGGUCCAGAUGGAGGCUGAGAAGGCUGAGAUGAGGCUAACCCAGCUUGAAGUCCGCAAACACAUGCGCCACAAAGGAGAUGGCCCCUGGUUCUUUUAUGAAACCACAGACAAGAGUCUCAUCGACCACCGCCCCAAGUCUACUCCCGACCAUUAAUCCAGACUUGCAGUCAAAUCAGCAAUAGUGUGGGUUGUCUAAACUAUCAGCAACCAUCUGUUUGUUAUCCUAUGUAAAUGUUUGUAUAAUUAUUCAUUGGCUGAAUUAAAGUCCAUUUCAGUAUACGAAA